AUGGCUCGCCCCCUAAUUUUCCAGACCAGCAUCGCCUGCGUGGAAGGGAAUUCCCUAAAAGCCAUAUUCAACCACUUCACAGCACCGAGACCAACACCGAAAGAGCCCCUCGUACCACCUCGAAUGGUCAUCCCCUCGAAACUCCUCGCCAAAACUGAUAGUCAUCAAGGCUCCCUCGCGGACGAUAACAGAGUCCAGCCGAUCCUGAGCGGACUCCUGGGGAGAAGCGUUUCUCCGGCGACUUCGAAACCGAGUUCCGCAACGCCACGAAAUCCUGGAACGCAGGCCCUCGCUGCGCCCCGCAUGUCAACUUCCAUCGUCGUUCGAGCGGCAACCAGAGGUCGGCCACCAAAGCAAAUCAGUAUACCAUCUGUCUCACAGCUGGAAAAGGUCAUAACGGAUUCCAUCCAAAGAGGUGUCGACGUCUCUCCCAUGAACUUCCCAUCUUUCACUCCUCUGAAUUCCGAAGGCGCCACGUCUUCAUCCUCGGUGCAAAGCUAUGUGGGAGCUCUCAGUGAUCAAAUUGCUUCUGUCAUGAGGGAGAUCCCCGAAGAAACGAGCCCUUCACGCUCAGAUCCGAAGGGGAUCGACGCCGAGAUCCGAGCCCCGGGCGAACCUAGCGAACCGCUCGCCGAGACCCCAUUGAAACAGGGCGGAACAGCCGACGGCGACUCGACACGGCGCAGGGCCGUCGCGCCCUCAUCGGCCGCUGUGCUGGUUUUGCCCAAACCCCCAGAAAUCUCUGAUCCUCGAUCAUCUACACACCACCAUUCAAUACUGUUGCAAGGACGACUUGUGACAGCCGAUACUAGCGGCAAUCUCCUCAGUUCUGCCCCGUACGCUCAGACGAUAGAGUCUUUCGAUAUCACCGACGAGGGCAUGCAAGUCGAAGAAGUGAAUUCCCUCGAUGUGAUCGAGGAGGAAAUUCCCGUCGAUCCUGUGUCGGGGCCGUCCCCGGCGCCUUCAACGGUCGACCAAGAACCGAUGCUAGUGGAAGAUUCCUCUUCCGCUCCUGAAGAGCAUGCCGAAGAGCCGUUGGAUGUUCAGGCGGAAAAGAAUUUCGCCACUCCCGAAGUCAGCUCCACGAAGUUGCAGAGAAUCGCCCUUUCACGUGGAGCGGAAGACGAAGAGGAACGACCUCCCGCGUACGAGGAUCUCACUGGGGACGAUGACGCAAAAGUUUUCAUUGAUCUCACGAAAACCGAGCUUACCUCACCCGCGACUCCUACUGCUACGUCGGCAGAGCGCGACGACUGCCUUUUACCUAGACGCACUUCUCCGCCGAGCAACAAACCCUCUACAAUGAAAGUCACUCCUCUCUGCAGGAGCAGCCUUCGACCGAACCUCAAUGCCAGGAAGAAACCUUUACUCAUUUCGAAAGCGAAAGCUGUCCUGACCCCGACCCCAGUGGCCAGGCGAUCGUCACAUGAAUCGGUCGACGCGAAAUCAAAUCUACAGAAAGACGUCGACGGCGAACCUUCUCCGACCCUGUCGGAUCCUCGGGGAAUCCCCGACGUUCAACUCUGUGAUUCGGAAAUCGAGAGAGCUGGGAAGAGUCUCCUUGAAUCCCGCGGAACGGAAUCGUCCUCCUGUCCGCUCAGGACCCCCGACACCCCCGGUUCGAGGCAGGACAGCGAAACGGGUUCGAUUGAUGUUGCGAGCGGAACUCGAAAUUCUUCUCGGCGUCGCGUUCCGAAACCAUCGCGUCGGAGUUUAGCCCCCGAAGUUAUCGCGAGGAAAGUAUGCAGUGAGACCGUUCAUGAAACCUCUUCGCUCCAAGCGAGCGGGGUAGAUCAUCCCGAAGCAUCGGAAGGGAGUACUCAACCGACUUCGAGUCGAUCUAUGAGAACUUUGAGAAUCAGACCUUCGAUUUCACCCAAUGUACCGAAGAAAUCGAAUCCAUCUCGCCCUCUGGAAAAUAUCGACGGCACUUCCCCUGCUGUGAGCGACAGAGCCGAGCCUUCGGAGGAAACUCCCGGAUCGAGUGUAGAUGAGAAUCAAGCGGGCCGGUCCAGGUCUGCUUCGACUGCUUCGCCGGAGCCUUCGAGCCUGGGGUCAGUCAUCAUCCUACCAAAGAACCUCCAGUGUUCUCAAUGCGCCUACAAAACCCACACCCAGAAGUUCCUUGACUUCCACGUCAAGAGCCAUAAAGUCGUGACCUGUAUGAUCUGUAGUCGGUCGUUCGCGGACGAAAGCGCACUCAAAGAGCACAAGCUAGCGGACCAUGGCCAGAAUCCGAACGGGCAGCUCUUCGAAUGUCCGAGAUGCGACUAUAAGACGAGACAUCAAGUUUAUAUCAGUCGGCACAUCACUCUGAAACAUGCCGUGGAUUGA